AUGCAAUCAUCACACCACCUGGAUGUUUUACGUGGACGAUGUCAAGAACUUCCAAAUGUUCGAUCGAAAAUUGUGCGUAUCUUUCUUAGCUCGACAUUCUCAGAUACACUAUGCGAACGAGACUCAUUGAUUGAAAGUGUAUUUCCUAAACUAAAAGAUUAUUGUCGUGAAAAAUAUGGCCUUGAAUUUCAAUAUUCUGAUAUGCGAUGGGGAAUUGAAACAGAGUCAUUCGAUAAUCAUGGCGAAGUUCAAACAUGUCUCAAUGAAAUUGAACUGUGCAAAAAAUAUUCAGUGGCUACAAAUUUUGUGGUUCUAUUAAGUCAUCGUUAUGGUUCACGACCGACACCAGCCAUGAUUCGUGCAUCACUUUUUGAACAGUUACUUGAGAUUAUUCGUUCGGAUGCGAAUAUGAACGCCAAUGCUGAACUACUUUCUGAAUGGUAUCAACUUGAUACGAAUUGUGUACCGGCCGCAUAUAUACUUCGUCCUAUUUCAGCAAAAUUGCCAAACAUCAAGUCUCGAAAUACAGAAGAGAUGAAACAAGCCGAUAAAGAAUGGCAACAAAUAAAUGAUCAUAUUCGAACAUGUCUUCGACAAACAGCAGCCAAAUGCUUGGAACAAGGACAAAUUAAUGAGAAUGAAUACGAUGAUUUUUUCAUAUCAGUUACAGAAAAAGAAAUUGUAAAAGGUAUUCUAUCAACAUCAGAUGCUAAUCAACGUACAUUAUGCUUUUUACGUGAAAUUGAAGAUAUUUAUGAUCAUUUAUCAGAUCGUAAAGCAUCAAGAUUUGUUGAUUUACAGUAUUCGAAUGAUGGAGAACCGAUCGUAGAUCAUGAAGCCGAACAAUUACUCAAUCGUCUAAAGCAUAAGCGUAUUCCGAAAAUAUUACAAGCAAACAACAUAUUUUCAUACAAAGUAUGUUGGAAAUCAGAUGGUAUAAAUCGGCGCGAUCACGCCGAAUACAUAUCACAAUUUAAUGAGGACUUCUACAAUGCAAUCAAACAACAAAUUGAUGAUUGCGCUAAAUCUCGUAUCAUGAUAGUUUCCGAUCCAUUGCAACAUGAAAUAUUAGAACAUGCUAUACAAUGCAAAACGUACGUUGCAAAAUUCCAUGGACGAACUGAUGUUUUAAAUAAAUUAGAAGAUUAUAUCAAGAAUGACAAUGAAAAUCGACCGUGCAUAGUAUAUGGUGCAUCGGGUUGCGGAAAAACAAGUGUAUUGGCUAAAGCUGCAACUGAAGUGUGUAUUUAG